AUGUUGGCAGUGUCUUCCAGCGCAAUGUGGCCGCGAUGAUUGCGGAGAGCGUGUGGAACAGCUCGGCGGCGGCUUUCGAGUUUCCUGACUACGACUGCCAAUGGGCUGGGCAGAUUGCUGGGGCUGCUGCUGAAUGGUCAGAGCUGCGGGAACAGCUCAUCGCAGGAGGAUUGGAGCUCUCGCCGAGUACCCUAGCGCUGGCCCACGUGGCCCUGGAGCAGAAUGAUGCAGCAGCAGCUUGCCCUUUAGGAAGAGCAGCAGCUUGCUGGGCGCUGCACGUUGCUGGUGUACGCAGCUGCGAGCAGGCAGAUGAUGUGUUCCAACUUCUUCCAGCUAUCAGCACUCGAUGGCCCUUGCUGCGCUUUCUCGCGACUGUUCACCGCCAAGGCUCGCGGGCUCGAGGGUCCUGCGAGCAGCUGCCUCACCCCUCCAUUCGCUGGGACGAUUUCCGUGCUGCAGUGGAAGCCGCUGCUUUGGAGGAAUUUGAGGAGGACAAGAUGGAGACAUUGUCCGGUCCCGCCCUGGAGGCUGCUGCCAGCGAGGCGAGUGGCAUCGUUUGGAAAUACUCCUCAGCGGCGGAGUAUGAGGGCAUCCCCAUUGGUACUUGGACAGCGCAGUGCAGGCAUGGCGUAGCGGCUGCCUUUGCCCUCAGGGCCUUUGGGCUCAUCCUAGGGGACCUGGACGUUUUCAAGAUGGUGGAGUCGUCCCUGAGCAUCAUCGGAGAAAACCGGAUCAUUGACCUGCUGGACUCUGGCUGGGCGUUGUUUGCGACACUUCAUCGGUUGUCCUGCGCAAAGAAGCGUUGGGACGAUGUUGCCCUUGCACCUCGGGAUCUGCAGCCGAUGCCCUUUCAGACCCAGGCUGACUUCGAUUUCCACCAAGCCUCACCUGCGGCCCAGCUGCUGGCCGAGCUCUUGAGCAGGGCUGCUCCUGGACCAGUGCUGGUGGUUUUUCUGCCUACCGCACGAGCCCACAUGCUCCCUCGAUAUGUCGCACACUUGGAGAAGCCAGGUCUUGAUAUCCUCGGCCGUUCCCUGUUUCUCCCACAAAGUGAACAUAUUCGCCGAGACUGCAUAGAAUUGGUGGACUCCUGCCUGCCUGUAUUGUCUGUCUUCCCGGAGCUUGCCAAGUAUUCGUUGCUGGCCUUCGCGGCACAGCUGAAGGUGGAUGUCCUGUUCACGGAGAUGGACACAUUCUGGCUUCAAAAUCCGUUCCCGAGACUGGCGCACAGCGAUGGGGCUGAUGUUUAUGUCCCGCAAGAGUUCUAUUCCAGCCAGACACGUCCAAGCAUCAUGUUGGUGCGGUCGCGCCUUGGAACGACUUGGGGUACUGGAGAAGGCGAAGCGAGCAUGGAACUGCGGCCAAGGAACACUCGAAGCUGGAAAACUUUGGCGGCCAUGGCCACGUGGUUGCUGAGAUUCCCAUUCAUUUCGGCAAACUUGGGCAUGCAGCACUUGCUGGAGCCGGAUCGCCCAGGCUUCGUGCCAUCGGUCUCUUUCCUGCGCCCUGUCGAGGAGCUGCGCCUGGGGGUCCUUGACUCUGAGAACGAGUUUGUCACUCUGGACGGCUGGUUUGGACAUCCGGAGGCGAUUGUUGCCUUGGAGUUGGGCGGCUUUUUUGCAGACGACUUCAAGCUGCCAUUGCUGGAUCAAUUGUAUGCUGGAACUGCGGACAGUCAGAAGUUGAUUCUGGGACUACAGAAGUCCAUGUCGCCGAAACGACCAUUGCACGCGCACAGGCCAAUCACAAUGCCUACUGAUGUACGGAUUGUGCACGUGAAUUUUGCCGACGGCUGCUGUGAGGCUGAGCAGCAAAGAUCAUCAAGCACUGCAAUGGAAUUUGGGGCCAAUGAGUCAAGGGCGCUCGGAGGCCAGUUCCUGGAUGCUGAAUUUCGAUCCCGCAAUGCGCAUUUGCUCGACUGGGUGCGAGGAAGUGAGCUUACCAACGGCAAGACGCCCUCUGGGAAAGUUGGCUACUACGUGUGGAAGCCAUACGUUGUCCUGAAGACCCUGAAGGAUCCUGCCAUUCAGUGGAAUGAGAUCGUGCUUUGGACCGAUGCAGGGGUUCACUUCAUCAGCCCGUUGAGACCACUGGUGCGAGACUACCUGGCCCAUGGUGAUGUGUCUGCGACGCAGACUCCGAUGAUGGAGUGCGAUGUCACCAAGAGAGAUGCCUUCUUGCUACUUGAUGCAGACUACGAAAGCAUCAUUCGGACAAACCAGAUUGCCACAGGAAUUAUCCUGGCUCGCAAAACGCCGCUUUCGAUUCGAUUCAUGGAGCAUUGGCUAGCUGCCUGCGAAGAUGAGCGCAUCAUCACAGAGACCCCAUCAGUUCUGGGGCAUCCAGAUUAUCCGCACUUCCGGCACCACAACGACGACCAGUCCGCCUUCUCCUUGCUCUUCAAGAAAUACGGCUUCCAUCCAUUUUUGCAAGCAGAGCGCGACCUCUACGUGGUUGCUGCACGGAAUGCCGCCAAGUUCGUGGCAGCUUCGGAUGCGUUUGCACUGGGGAAGAGCUGCUCUCAGGAUGAGUACAUCUCUGCUGCAAACGCAGCCGCGAGCCCGUGACAGCGCAAUAAGAGGUCCGUGCAAGCCGCGCAACAUAUGGGCGUUUUUUGGGAG